AUCUGCUCUGAGUUUGAUAAGGCAUUCUUCUGCAGUGGAUUCAUCAACAACCAACAAGAAAGCUUUACAAAAGGUCUCAAGACAACGAUGGAAAUGACCACUGUCACUUUUGAUCAAAUCAAUACAACUGCUGCACUUGAUGAAAAUGGCUCUGUGUAUAUUGACACGUAUGGUGGACUGAGACAGUCUGUCCACAUCAUCUCUCUCAUUCUUUAUUCCCUGGUCUUUGUCCUUGGUGUGUUGGGGAAUGGAAUGGUUAUCUGGGUGACUGGGUUCAAGAUGAAGAAAACAGUUAACACAGUUUGGUACCUCAACCUUGCUGUGGCUGACUUCCUCUUCACUGCAUUUCUGCCACUGACUGUGACAUACACAGCUAUGGAUUUCCACUGGCCAUUUGGCAAGUUCAUGUGCAAGUUGAACACCACGAUCAGCCAUCUGAAUUUGUUUGCCAGUGUCUACAUUCUGGUGGUGAUCAGUGUGGACAGAUAUGUGUCUGUGGUGUGGCCUGUCUGGGCUCAGAACCACCGAAAUGUACGCAAGGCAUCCUGUGUGAGUCUGGGUGUUUGGGUGGUGGCUUUGAUUCUCUGCACUCCAUACCUCAUCUUCAGGGACACUGAGAAAAAUUCUCAAGACCAAACCAUCUGUUUCAACAACUAUGCUCUUUCUGAUGACAACACAACAAGAUCUGUGAUUCAGUUAAGAAAAUUUCGUCAUCAGGCCAUUAUCAUCACCCGCUUUCUCCUGGGAUUUGUAGCGCCCUUCACUGUCAUUGCCUCCUGUUAUGCUGUCAUCAUCCAUCAUCUCAGAAGAAACCCCACUCUGGCCAGCCAGUCAAGUCGUCCCUUUAAAAUUAUUGCUGCCAUUAUCAUCACUUUUUUCUUGUGCUGGGCUCCCUUCCACAUCAUGAGUCUAAUUGAACUAGUGAACUUCACGUCAGAUACAUCAAGUGAAAUGUUAGAACAUGUCAUGACUAUAGGGAUCCCUCUGGCUACCAGUCUGGCCUUUCUCAACAGCUGCAUGAAUCCACUGUUGUACGUGUUCCUUGGCCAAGAUUUUAAGGAUAAAGUUCGCAAAUCCAUCCUGAAAGCAUUGGAGAUUGCCUUUCGGGAAGUGGAGACAGAUGCUCACACUUUUAAGAAGUCAGUGGACACCAGUCAGAGCCAAGUUUUGAAUACUGAAGUAUAA